AAAUAGAGCUGCAGUCCUUUAAACUAUUCACAGUUUAAUAAGGCUGUGGCGUGGGGCGCAGUUCGCUUUGCUGUCGGUGCGGACCGGUUCAGAAUUGUCAUUUAGAGUCAAAGACCGGUUUAAUCUCAGCCGCAAGUCAACAACGCAGUGGAGAGAGAGAAAAACUAUCCUUUGGAAUAAAAACAGAAAUAUGUAAAAGUUUGCUUUAAUUUUUUCCAUUGUGAAAACCGAAAAUCCAGGCAUUUUAAACUCAAACUUUUCUUCCCCCCCCCACGUUUGACUCUCUUGGAUAUUAAUCCGUCUGUGUUUUGACGCCCACCUCGCACAGAGGAGAAAGGAAAAAGAGCAAGAUCGUGUAUCUUUCGGUUGCCGCUUGACAAGGCUGAAGAUCAUACGCUGGUGUGUCUUUUUUGGAGGGGGGCUGUUUUACCUUAAUCAUUCUCGAUGCUUCUUAAAACGUUUGAUUUUGUGGCAAGCGAACCGGUGAGUGUGUUUCCUCCCCCGGUUUGUAGUUAAGCAUUUCAGAAUACGGUGCAAAGUACCAUUUUUGCCUACAGGAUCCACCAUUUAGGAGUAAAGAGCAGCACAAUUCAAAGGAGGCGGCGGAUUCCCUAUUACAAUGCAGCCUUGUGUAAUGUAGCCCAUAGCCAAUUGCGAAACUAAAGUUUACAAGUGGAUCACGACAAGUGUGUUCUGACUGCGCGAAGGACGCCUGGAUACAUUCGCACUGGGUUUUCUUCAAACCAGCGCUUUAAUUAAGAUAUGGCUAGCUAACGGCAAUUAAUUAUACAUAGCCAUUGUCGCUGUCUGGUUCAUUAAAUUGAUUACGCGCUCUGGGUGCUUGGUGCGUCUCUGCUCUGCUUGUAUUUCAUUUUGCGAUUACGUAUGUACAACUCCCUGUAACUAAUUCUCGUAACUGGUUAGGUCAGCAUAGGAGGUAAUGGUGUGAAAUGUUUUCGCACUGGGCAGCUAUGCGAUUUGGUCUAAUGCCACCUGUCACCUUUUUGUCCCCCCGCAGAUUGUGAUAAAGUGAGGGGUUUGCGGGGUAGGAGGGGAGGGGGCAAGAGGUUGGAGAUGCCCGGGAUCAAUUCAAGCGCAUCGCGGCAUGAGAGCUGGGAUAUGGAGCACGAUCGGUAUCAGCACUAUUUCUACGACGACCAUCACUUGGACGAAGACUUUUACAAAUCUACGGCACCCAGCGAGGACAUCUGGAAAAAAUUCGAGCUGGUGCCAACCCCGCCCGUGUCUCCCUCCAGGACUCCGGAGAUGCCGGCUCCCUCGCCGGGCGACAGGCUGGAGUGGGUCACUCAGUUCCUGGGACAGGACGAGGAGCAGGAGGGCGAGUACAAAAUCGAUACCGAGGAAAUAUUCGGCAACCUCAGCUCCAUCAUCAUCCAGGAUUGCAUGUGGAGCGGUUUCUCCGCCAGCAGGCAGCUGGAGAAAGUUGUCAGCGAGCGACUGGCCGGCUCCGUGCAGACCAAGCUGCCCCUGACCGCGCAGACCGGCGCAAACCACACGGGAAAGGCGCAGUGUGCGUCCCACGAUGCGCCGGCCGCUCCCCACGGGCUGGCGACUGACUGCGUGGACCCCGCGGCGGUGCUUACCUUCCCGAUCGGCAACUGCAAAAAGCAGGCGUCGUCCGGCACCGAGUCACGCACCGACUCCUCCGAUGAGGAGGAGAUCGACGUGGUGACAGUGGAGAGCAAGCAGAAUAAAGGGCAGCUGGUGGGGGGGCGUAAGCCCGUGACCAUCACCGUGCGCGCCGACCCCCAUGACCCCUGCAUGAAGCGCUUCCACAUAUCAAUCCACCAGCAGCAGCAUAACUAUGCCGCGCCGUCGCCCGACAGCCCGGUGGACCCCGAGCCGCCCCGGAAGCGGGUUCGACAGGAAGCCCCGCCUCAGCACCACCGGCCGCCGUCUCCAGAGAAGAGCCCCGGGGGAAAGUCCGCUGCCGCCGCCGCAGCCUCUCCACCGCACCAGUGCAUCAAGUCGCAGCCCAGCAGCCCCCAAAGCUCCGACUGCGAGGACUCGGACCGCCGGAGGACCCACAAUUACCUGGAGCGCAAACGUCGCAAUGACCUGCGAUCCCGCUUUCUGGCCCUUAGGGACCAAAUUCCCAGUCUGGUGGACUGUCCCAAGACCCCAAAGGUGGUGAUCCUGACCAAGGCCCGCGAGUACCUGCGCCUGCUGCAUGCCAGCGAGCGACACCAGGCGCAGGAGAAGAAGCAGCUCCGAUCACGGCAGCAGCAGCUCCUCAGGAAGCUGGCGGACUUGAAGCGGCUGUGAGGCGACGGAUGGCCGCUCCGGACCGGGUGACUCAUGGGGAUGUAAAAAAUAAACAAAAAUGUCGAAAUUAUGCUUUUUCACAUGACACUGAUGAAACAGAGAGUGGGAUUUUUUUUUCCAUUUUUGGUGCGGGGAGGGUUUGAUUUCUUUAGUUUUUUCUAGUUUUCUUUUGUCUUUGCACAAGUUUGCUUUAGAUCAAUGGUUGUCUUAAGGGAGAAGGAAUUGGUUGCUCGAUAUGACAUGAUCGACGAUUCAGAUUUCAUUCAAUAAUGUGAGCGAUGUGUGGUCUGCAUAACCAUCCAAAGUUAUUAAAUAAUUAUAAUCCCUUUUUCCUGCUCCAUGGUCGGUGCAUAGAUCUUGCCAGGAAGAAACCAUGUGGGUUUCCUGAACAGAAAAGGCUCUGUCGCCAAUUUAAGGAGUAUUUGAAUUUUAGUGACGUGAAAACGCUAAGCAAAUAUAGUCUUUAAACUCUUUUGGACAGAACUUUAUUUUUUUCCACCUGAAAAUCAAACACACUACUACUCAAAAUGUGUUUAUCUAACCAAAAAAAACCCAACAAAAUCCACCUUUGUUAACUUGUAGGAGAGGUUUAUUGGUGUUUGUGAAAUAGUUUAUAAUCGAAGUUUCAAUUCGCGAUGGUCUCUGAGAGCAGUGGACCAUCACAAAACCUGUCUCCUACACCAUGCACAGCUUUUCUCCCUAUUCAAACAAUCGUGUAUCUUUAGCAACAUCCUUAAGGUAUCCUUUAGAGUCGUGUGUGUAUAUAUAUAUAUAUAUAUAUAAAGUUCUCUGUAUAUAAAAUGAAUGCUUGUUCUGUAUGGAUUCUUCUGUAAAUAUGUAUGCUUGCCAUUUACCAGGACUUUUGAAGGACAAUUUUCAUUGUCCCGUUAGCCCUCAGAUGGUCUCAACUGUUGAUCUGUCAAAAAAUAUUUACCAGGAAAUAUGUCAAAGCUUCUAUUUUUGUUAAGAAAUAAUUAAAAAAAUAAACAAAAUAACACUAUUUACUUCAAUCACACUAGACACUUUGUGACACUUUCCACUGCCUGUACUUUUUAAUUUCACUUUUUGGUUUAUUGAUUUGUAUAGAGUCUCUGAAUAAUGCAGAACAAUUUUAUACUAUAUUUUCCUACAAUGUGCUUGUGGAGAGUGGUCCUAUACUCAUUUAAAUGUAUGAUUUUCUGGUGUCAAGUGCUGGACUGUGGAUCUCGAUGGCCUUUUGCAUUAGCGCCUCAAAGACAACUGAAACUGCAGAUCAAAUGACUUGCUAUUCAGAUAAGUACUAGUAAAGCGAUUAUAGAGCUGAGUCUGGGCGAAAACUAGUCCAGACCCACAGAGCCGGUUGUUUUGUGAUAGUUUCCUCAAGCAGAGACAUGCCCUGACUCUGUACCGUUCCCCCUCAAUUAACUUGUGGUUUAAUUGCCCCCGAUAAUAUAGGCCGCUGUGUAUUAUUACAGUGGCAGCUGUACAGUCAUGCUAAUGACGCUAAUUGUCGGUAGCUUUAGAAAACUGCACGAAGACUUUUCCUAUUGGCCAAGGAGAAAAAUGAACAAAACUGGAGGAAAGCUUUUUAGUCGCUCUCCUGGAAAUCUAGAAAAAGUUGUUUCAGCUGCAUCUCAAAGGUAUGCCUGCAGGUGGAAAGCAUAUAAUAUAAUAUAAAAUUCCCUUUUAGCGAUAGCCUUUAUCCACAGGUGUGUCUUUUCUGCUACAUCUACCUGCCAGUUCUCUGUAUCUCGGAGAUGUAGUCGCAGUGUAUUUUGGUCGAGUCCAGCACAUGUCACCUUAUUGUCUAAGACUGCAAAGUUUAAGGAAUGGCUGUUGUCCGCAGAUGAAUUCAUACAUGUCUGUGGAGUUUGCUUGUUCAUACCUGCAGUUGGGUUGCUUAUGUGAGUGUAGAAUGGCUGCAGCCAUAUGUCAGCACUUUCUGUCCAGUACCUCAUAAAAACAUACAUGGAAAAAAACUGAGAAAAAUAAAUGAUUAGAGAAAAUGA